UAUCCAGUACUGAGUCGCAUUGCACUCAAAUUUUUACCUAUCCAAGGGUCUUCCAUCCCUUGUGAACAUGCCUUUUCAGAUGCUGGGCUCACAGACACAAAGUGGCAUGUUCACCUUCUCCCAAAGAACUUCGGUGACAUCCAAACUGUCAAGGGCACUUAU